UGUUCUUGUGAAUCAGUUGGAGUGGUCGAAUCUUUUUGUUGAGAUAAUACUUCAGGUACGAAUCAUUUCUAUUUUUAUUGAAAUUUUCGUAAUAAUAAUAAUAAUGGCCAUAGUGUAGGAUUUUGAAAUGCAAUAAAGCCACUGAAUUUACAGUUUCUUGAUUAAAAAUCCACCCCACCCAUAAUUAUGGAGCCCGUUUGUGAGUUUUGCGAGAUGGCGACGGCGGUGGUAUACUGUAAAACGGAUUUGGCGCGGCUUUGUUUGCAGUGUGACGGUCAUGUGCACUCCGAAAACUCCUUUUCCCAGCGGCAUCCGCGUUCUCUCAUUUGCGACAAGUGCCAUUCACAGGCGGCUGUAGUUCGGUGCAUGGAUUGUGAGUUGUCGCUUUGUUCGGGUUGUGAUUGGAAUGGUAAUGGUUGUUUGGGAGUAGCGGGGCACCGGCGGCUUAAAUUGAAUUUCUACUGUGGAUGUCCUUCGCCGGCGGAGUUCUGCAAAAUUUGGUCUUUGGUUCUUGAUGAGCCUAAAUCCAGUUGUUUUGAUGCCUCUUGGAGCCCAAUUCCUACUACGAAUGGGAAUUCCAUGACUAACUCAUUGGAGGCACGGAAUGAUCCGGGGUCUGGUGGGAUGGUGGCAAACAGGCUAAAUGAAUUAGCAUCCUACGUCAAAUUCGGACAAUGGGCUACUCCAUCACAAGUCGUUCAAUCAAAUAUUCCCAGUUAUGUAUCAUCAUCAUGCAAUACGGGUCAAAAACCUCAAUUCUGCAACGAUCAAAUGCCUUUCUUCUCAGAAGGAUCGAGCUUUCAAAAGGGAUUUCCUAAUAGAAUUAAGGAUCUUGGGCUUCAUGACAGUGUCGACAUGGACGAUAUGGCCUUGAGCUUUGACAGUGGUUAUGAGAUGUUUGAGAAUUUGCAAAAUCAGCCAAGUUACCACUACGACGAUGGAGGAAUGAGUAGCCUUGUCACCGAGAAAAACUUUUCCGUCACUGAAUCUAAUAGCACUUAUAUUGAAAGUGCUUUAGAGGCAUCAUCAUCAUCAGGACAUCAAGAGUGCAUGGGUUUUCAAUCUUCACAAGUUGGCUUCGGUUUGACAAAUUUGGUGCAGCCUAUAAAUAAUGUCACUGCUAAAUCCAUGCUUAUGCACCAAAGUUGCAACAGCAAUAAUAUUGGCUUAGGAUUUCCCAGUGGCCGACUUCCUUCAACCAUGUCUCCUGCAGGUAAUGUGGCUGAUUUUCAAGAUUGUGAAUUAUCGCCCGUAUUUCUAGCUGGUGAUGCACCAUGGGAAUCCAACUUCGAAGGUAGUUGUCAACAAGCUAGAGAUAAAGCUAAGAUGAGAUACAAUGAAAAGAAGAAAACAAGGUUUGGUAAACAAAUAAGAUACGCUUCUCGUAAAGCUAGAGCUGAUACUAGAAAACGCGUGAAAGGUAGAUUCGUGAAGGCUGGCGAAGCUUAUGACUAUGACCCUCUUAUAAUAAGGGAAUUCUGA